AUGACCAGUGAGAGAGAGGGCAAGGGACGUGGAACGAUGACAGCCGGGCUAGCGGAGAACCCAGUGGAAGGCCCGGGGGAGGGCCGAAACCACGGUGAUGACAGAGAGACCGAAGGCCUGGAACCGGGCGAGAUGAGCGAAAUGGGUAACAUCGACUCAGAGGACAUCGAAGAUGAAGAAGAUGGCCCAGGACCGGAGGAAGGAAGAGCGGCACCAUGCACACCGGGAGGCACUCCGGAGCCAAGAGGACCACCGCCUCCCCAGUGCGCCUUUGCGGAAGAUGGGACGGAGGUGAAUCAGAUGCUGGUGCUUGUGCCCUUCGACUACAGGUCCAUGGGGGACAUGUUGGUUCGGAUUGAGCCAUUGAGGGGAGACUUCAGACUGCACCCCAACCUCUUGGUGUCGAAUGUCACUGAUGCGGAAGAUGAAGUCCCGGACUCCCUCGAGUAUGACCCCCUGGAGUUUGGCCUCGAGCAUGGCAUCCAGAUCCAGCGGCGCAAGCGACAGACGACCUCUGGUGAAGCAUCGCAGCAGACUAACCGGACUCUUAAGAUCCCUCACCCGUGCUUGGGCAAGAGUCCUCGGCAAUGCCGGGCCCUGACAGCUGUGAUUGCACAGAUUAUCUCGCAAAUGGGCCCGCUGGUGAAAAGAAGCCUGCCAGAGACGGUGUACCGGUACCACUUGAAGAUCCUUCCUGCACAGCCGGCGGGUGACUUACAUUACAGCAUAUCUUGGUCUCUUUUGGUGCAUGGCAACUACCUGGACAGGAACAGCGACCACUACUACCCCACGGAGAACCAAUCUCAGCGGACGUCUGAAGCCGUCACGGCGAAGCCAGUGGGACCAUGGGAUGCCAAAAUCCCGGGUCAUGCCGGGAAGGUGGAGCCUUUUAUCGAGGCAUCUGGCGGCAUCAUCAGUGGCGGCCUACACGCAUCGAUCUUUCGCGAACUCACCACCUAUCUCGCAGAUGAGGCCAUUGAUGUCUGUGUUGUGCAGGAGACACACUCGAAAUACGAUGCCAAUUGGAGAGGAGUUCUGACCAUUGUCUCAACCAAGGUGGCAACAAGCUCAGAACUGCAGUACCACGAGAUCUGGCACAAGUAUCUACUACGACUUCGGCACGCCAUCAGUGGCACUCCCAGUCGCCAUAUCAUGAUUCUGGCUGGCGACUUUAACACCACAUGUGUUACCACCCCGAAGGUUUGUGGAAAAUGGGUGCUUCCUGCCAGCGACGCACACAACAAGGACAACAACGACUUCAUGUCUAUCCUUGCCUCCUAUAGCCUCGCUGCUUUAAAUACCUGGAACAGGCCUGAGCACCAUCAGCUGGCCACCUUCACCUUUGGUGCGCUUGCAUCCCAGAUUGACUACAUCAUCUGUAGACAAGCGGAUGCUAACAGUCAGGCCAAACAAGCAGCGAUUGUGCCAUAUUUCCCGGUUGCAAGCUGGAGAGAAGGAGCCAAUCACCACCCUGUCCAGGCUCACAUUCGCAUACCACAUCAUAUCAGUUCAGUACCACCAAUCCACAUGAACCCCAGGAUCGACAUCAAUCGCGUCAUCGAGGACAUCCAACAGCCGGAGCCCACACAGGCUCUCAAUUCACUGCGUUACAGCAUCAAUAAGGGCAUUAGAGAUGGCGAAUGGAGCACGCUUCCGCAACUUGAGGAAGGCCUACUCAAAGCGGCACAGGAGCUCUAUCCUAAGCGUGCUAAAGGUGAUCCACACAAAGAGGCAGAUAUGCAGUUGUCACACUGUGCUCGAAGCAUGUGGGCACUUUUCCGUGAGACGAGAACACACCCCUUCAGCCUGAACGGCGUCUUCGGUUCAUGGAGGCAAUGGUCUCAGUUUUCUAAGGCACACAGAGAGCACAAACAGAAGGCCAAAGAAAGAAGCAAGGCAUGGCGAAGAGAUCUGAUUCUGAAGGCCCAACAUGCAGCCGAGAACCACGACAUGUUCCAGAUCUGGGAGGUAGUCAAAUGUCUGGCCCCCAAGACUAAGCGCAAAAAGCUGCAGCUGUACAGGAAUGGACACAUGAUGACUCCGGAAGCCGAGCUUGACUGGAUUAUCGAGGAGUUUGGGGAGCGGUAUGGCAUCAACUCGAACAUCUACCUGCUCGAAAGGCAGUUCCUGCUCACAUGGUCUGUGAACAAUGGAGCUCCCCGGUUCUACAAGUACAACAAGAAUGGGCCGAUUGGCCUACAACAUCCGGUCGGAAAAAGCAUCAUGAAGAUUAUCAUCGCACAGGCAAAGGACCAGAUUCACGACCUCGUCAAGAAGUGGCCCCAGUGUGCAUACGUACCCAACAGGAGCACCACUACGGCACUCAAAAGAGUCUACAAGCACUGUGCAAAGGUGCGGGAGACAUGCAGUCAACAUAGAUUGAAUCUACACCAACUCAAGGAUGGAGCACAGCCAGUUCGGAACUAUGGAGGACUACAAAUAAGUAUGGAUCUGUCAGCAGCUUUCGAUCUUGUCUCCUGGGCUACCAUCAAAGAUGCGUUGGAGAUGGCACAAAUUGACCCAAGUGUACAGGAAGUCCUCCUUCAGUGGCUCAGCCAAGUUCGCUACACAUUCCAGCACAAGGGUAUGGAGAAGGAAAAGUGGAGCUCAGACCACUCCACGAUGUAUGCCGACGACACGCACUUACAAUGGCGACUGGGAAUGAAGGUGAACACGAACAAGACCAAGGCCAUCCUUCGCCUCACAGGAGACCCCACAGUAUGGAUCCAGCUGGUGGAACAGGCAGAGUACUUAGGACUGAUCAUCUCUUACGACAACUUUGAGCUACAGUCAGUCAAGCACCGAAUCAACAAGGCACACAACCGUCGAUGGUCACUGGCAUCCGUCCUUCACACCAAGAAGGUCUCGGUUCCGUACAAGCUCAAUCUCUGGCGAAGCUGCGUGCUCUCUACAAUGCUGUAUGCUUUGCAUAGUCUCUGUCUUGGCGCAGGUCAAAUAUGCUUGCUACAGCGAGCUAUCAUGCGACACAUCCGGGCCAUCGUCUCGGACCAGGCCUUUCAAACAGGGCACACGCAUGAGGACAUCAUGACUAAAUACAACAUUCAUACUGCACAAGACCUCCUUGAGCGAGCACAUGAACGUGAUCAACAACAAGCAACAGCGACCGACUGGCUCGUGGACUCAGAAUGGAACCACUCCAUUUCUCGGGCCUUGCUCGAGGCUGCUCAAACCAAAGAACCAGAGUCGGACACUGAGAAAGCCAUCUGGGCUUGCCCUCUAUGUUCCGAGCAGUUUGUCUCGCAGGCGGCUCUCAAAACGCAUGCCAGGCGUGCACACAAGAUUGUGGCACAGCGCAAGAACAUCUUCAACCGCAUCGUGCACUCUGUUGGUGGACUCCCCCAGUGCUCUGGUUGUCUCAAGCGCUUCAGCAAAUGGCAGUCACUUGAAAUCCACAUCAACACCGAUGCUUGCACGGCGCAGGUGGUAAAGGACCCACGCAACAAGACUGAUUUUACAGAAGUGGAUGCAAGCCAGACUACGAUGCCAGCACCUGAGCAAGCCCUGACUCCAGAGACAACCCAGGAGAACAUCUUGCACACCGAGGUCAACAAAGAUGCCGUGACUACUGAUUGCCACACACCCUGCUCUGGACCUAUGAGAGGGGUUCUGGAACAAAAAGAUGGAGCGACUGACUACCACUACCAAGACAACAGUGAACCAGCACAAUCAUCAGUUAUGUCACCUCGGCACAUUCUUCAGGCAGAACACCCGAGUGACCCAGUUCCACAGCAGGUCGUACCAGUGCUCUUUCAAGAACGUGUGCUUCUUCUUGUGCAAAAGGGGUUGAAUGCCUUCAUUGCUGACACAAGCAUUACGGCCUCAAUGCAGCAGUCCUGUGCUUUAUGUGGGCAGUGGAUAGCCUCGCAGAAAGUGGUCAAAACGCACUAUCAGCACACACACAAGCAUCUUUAUCAGCAACUUGCACAUAAAGCCCUCAAGCUCAUCGAGCAGAAAGCCACCCCGUGUGUACAGUGCCACUUCUGCCACAGGCGAACCAAGGACUGGAAAGCACAUCUCUUCAAGUGUACCACGUUGUGGCAGUGUGCUUUUCUCUGUGUGUUACACGAGGAACAUGGCCUUCGGGGACCCGGAUUGGGACGAAUUCUUUGGAGAGGUCCACGGGGCGGAUCUACCAAUGAUGCCAAGUACGUCUCCGUGGAGCCAAGCGCCGACAGAGAGUCCAUUCCCAUUCACAGGGAACAAAAGAAGGAAGAGCUGAAGGUUCUCAAACAAGACACGGCCCUGGUGCUCUUUCUACGUCCAGGGGAGGACAGCGUACUUCAUCACCUGUACAAGGUGGCGGCGCACUUCAAGGCCAAGCAGGAUCAGGAUGCAACAUGGCAGCUAGGCCAGAGCCCUCUUCGAAUGGUUUUAGCAGUGGCCCUUUUGAAGGAAAUCACCGACAGACUGAAUCAGACGAUAGCUUCGCAAGAAAGACUGAAAAAGGCAGUGGACCAAGGGUGGAGGGACUCCCAAGGGGGCUGGAGAUACCAGGUUUGGAAUCACAAAACCAAACAGCUCCAGACCGACAACAGCCGGCCACCAAUUCCGGAAGACAAGCUACUCGACCACCUGGCCACCAUCAUCCAAUGCCUUCGCCAGCCCAUUGUCAACAGAUUCCGCUGUACGCGGAAACUUAUGGAAACAAUGUCGAGCCCAGCUACGUUCAAAUUAGAUCUGUCGAUCCGCAGUCACAGUGCUUUGACGAUGUGGGAUACCAUGAAGAUGUUGCAAGGGAAUGCAGUUUUCCAACUUGCGGGAAUGGCCUUCAAGACGGAAAGUCUGGCCAGAGGGCCAGCCGAGCACAAGAUUGCGGAGAUGAUUUAUGGCAGGAGGUAG